AUGAAAAGGUCAGUGUUUGAAGUUGUUUAUUUGGCUAAAAUAUUAUUGAAAUUUUCUACAUCCAAUGAUGUUAAAAAUUUUAUAAUGGUUUCUCAUAAAUGCGAAGAGGCUGUUAAAUGUUUAAAAGUUAAUCCAUGUUUCAUUAAUGACAAUUCAUUUAAAUGGUUUUUAAACCAUUUUCAAGUUGAAACAAUUGAUUUUGAUAAUUGUUUUUUUAACGAAAUUGAAGUAUUUAAACGAUGUAAAUUAAUUAGAAAUCCAUUAUUUGAAAUUUUUAUGAAAAAUGGUCAACUUAAUGAAGAAUUUAUUAGUUGUGUAUUUCCAAAAGUUAAAAGAUUAUAUAUACAAAAAAGGAUGAUUGAAUGUGAUGAUGAAAAAAAUGAUCAAUUAUUUAAAGAAACAUUUUCUGUUAUUAUUAGAUAUAGUAAGUUAUUUGAUCAAUUAGAUUUUCUUGAAGGAGAUUUAGAAUGGAUUACAAUGUUUAUGGAAAAUUAUACUAAUAACGGUGUUGACAUUUAUAUUAAAAUGCCAAAGAUAAUUCAUAUUACUUCAUACAAUGGGUUUGCUAUUAAACUUGAUGAAACUGUUAUUUCUUUAAUUGAACGUUUAGAAAAAUGUAUCCCAAAUAAUGGAUUAUCAAAUGUUAGUUUAUUGGUAUUACAACAUCCAGAGAAUAAAGAAGUAUUAAUUCACUUUAAAAAAAUUAGGUAUUAUUAUAGGUUCAUAAGUGAUGAAAUGUGUAAUGAAUACAGAGAUCAUUUGGAUGUAGAAAAAGGUACUUCUUUUAUUAAUGGAGCAAUGAAAAAUAAUUCUAUGAAUGAAAUUAUAGAAAAAUCUUAUCCAAUAUUAGUUUUUUAUAGGUAUGUUCAAAAUAGAGAAAAAGAAAAUUGGACAGUCCCUAAUUGUAUUAAAAUAAUUAGGUUUGAAAGAAAUAAAACUCAAUGGGGGUUAUCUCAAAAGGUUAAUGUAAGAAUGGAAAAUGUAGAACAAUGUGUUGUUUGUGAUUGUAUUUCACUUAGUUUUGAAUUAGAUACAUUCUUUUCAUUAAAAGAACUUUCUAUUCAAAUGAGUGAAUCAAUUCAAUUUACUCAGAUUCAAUUUAAUCAAUUAAAUAAACUGUUUAUCAAUAAUUCUUCAAAAAUAAGAUUUAUUGAUUGCACUUUUAAUGUGUUAAAAGAAGUUAAAGUAUUUAACUCACGUCGUAUUUUAAUACCAUCUAACUUAAAUGGAAUAGAAGAAAUAUCAUUAGUCAAUUGUGAAGACUGUACAUUUAAUAUAUUUUCAUUCAAAAAUAAGAAAGUAUAUAUUGAAGAAUCGUAUGUUAAUUUUGGACAACAGAAAGUAGAUGAUAGUGGUAUUAAUAAUGAGCCAUUACAACAAUUUAAUAAUAAUAUAAAAUUUAAUGCACAACAAACUGAUACCCAAGUUGUUUCAUCUUUUGUUUGGAAUGAAACUAAUGAAAAUAAUCCAAUGAAAUUUGCUAAUUUAGAAUUGAGUCAAUUCAAAGAAAUGAUUGAAAGUGUAUUUGAAUAUCCAUUUGAUAAAAAUAAACUUGAUAAAAAAGUAUUUAAAGUAAGACCAUUUGUACCUCCAAUUUCUUCUCAGAUUAAAAUUAAAAAUAGAAAGAUUAUUCAAACAACCUAUAUUUCUGAUGGUGAUAUUAAUAUGGCAGUUUCCAAUAAUUUUUAUACUGAACAAAACAAACAACAACUUUUUAAUUUUAUGACUUUAAAUGGAGAAUGUAAGACAAUUAAAAAUAUAAGAUAUUUUGAAGUUAAAGUAAAAGGUGUAAGUUUUGUUUCUAUUGGUUUAAUUGACACAAAACGGUACUUUAGUUUUGAUAAUUGUCAUGUUGGGUGGAACCAAUAUUCAAUCGGAUAUCACGCUGAUGAUGGUAUUAUUUUUAAUGGGUUCUAUAAUAGAAUACAAACUAAUCUUCCUUAUGGAAAUGAAGUUGGUAUAGAAAAUGUUGGUGGUUGUGGAUAUAACGGAAAAACUCAUGAAGUUUUCUUUACUAGAAAUGGUGUUAUAGUUCAAAGUAUUACCCUUGAUUGGGAAUCUAUUUCUGCUGCUAUUGCAUGUGAUCGGUUUAAUGAAAUUAUGGUAAACUGUGGAGAAGAACCAUUUAAAUUUGAUUUAUCGAUUUUUGAAUAA